CUUGCAAAGCACUGCACGCUCUUCUUCUUGUUCGCCGCGUGCGCAAAACGACAUGUCCGGACAUGGCUAUGCCUCCCCGCACACAUCCUCUCCCCUCGAUCGACACCCUCUACGCCUGUGCCUCCCCACUGCCCCAUAAGAAAGCCUGCUCUCCUCCACAAACAUCGGGUUAUUUUUUGGUGUCAUAAUCAUGAUGUGUACCGGCAUAGGUGGUAAAAUUCUAACUCGCACACGCCGCGGCGGAGGCGGCGCGCGUGGCGGCAAUGACCGCUGAGCAGCGGCACCAGCACCUAGCUGCACACGCCGCUGCGGAGGCGGCGCGCGUGGCGGCAAUGACCGCUGAGCAGCGGCAGCAGCACCUCGCUGCACACGCCGCGGCGGAGGCGGCGCGCGUGGCGGCAAUGACCGCUGAGCAGCGGCAGCAGCACCUCGCUGCACACGCCGCUGCGGAGGCGGCGCGCGUGGCGGCGAUGGCUGCUGAGCAGCGGCAGCAGCACCUCGCUGCACACGCCGCUGCGGAGGCGGCGCGCGUGGCGGUGAUGGCUGCUGAGCAGCGGCAGCAGCACCUCGCUGCACACGCCGCCGCGGAGGCGGCACGGCGGGCGGGCAUGGACGAGGAGCAGCGUGCAGCGGAAACGGGCGCGCGGCAGCAACGACGGGCAAGACAACGCUUCACAGCCAGCACUGAGCGUGGCCCAGCAAUCCGGCGUAAGUUCGAGGAGGUGUGCAACCACGUCUGCGAAUGCUGUCGGCGCUGCUUCUACAGGGCCGGUGUCACGGUCACGGAGCACGAGGUGGGCGUGUGAAUGGGUCCGGGUUCGGCUCGGCUUGCAUUGGAUCGCAGUGGCUUGCACUGAAAGCGCAUCACAAGAGUCUCAUUCAGCACUGAAAGCAGGCGCUGUUACCCAUCAUCGCAGGUUGCAUGCUCCACUCUCGCCCGGA